UGGUGUAAAAUCAAUAACCGAUGAUCGUUUGGCAAAAAUAAUGUUAAAAUGAAACUAGUUAUCUCAACAAAAUAAGAAAUGACUAAUAGACCGGCUACAGUACCGAAACUCAACAAAAUAAAUGAUUUUCGCGAAAUUCUAUGUAGUUUUUCAAAUGCAUAUUGAGUUGCUGAAUUCGCGAAACCGCGCUAUGUCAUGUUUGCAUAUCGAACAAAGCAAUUAAAGGAAGUUGAACGAAAAUGCAAUGAAAUACGAUGAAGAUACUUUGAUUAAUGUGCGUAUUCGCUGAUGCAAAAAAUGAUUAAAACAAAUAGCUGUCGAAAACCUUUAACCUUCCGCCCUGCCACCGUCAUUGCAUUAUGCUUAUGCCAUGCAAAUACAUGAAUCGGUCAAUGCGUUUGGCGAAGUAUUAAUUAGCUUUUAACAAUUAAGGUGUCAAACCGCCUGCAUAGGUAAUUAAAACAGUACUCUACAGCCUGCAGAAGCAAAUAAACAGCGAAAAAAACAAAAGUUUAAAGUUGUUUGAACAUGUCAGUCAACAGAAACGAGCGUCAUAAGCAACCAGAAGUGCGGGGAGCUCUAUGGAAGAAAAGAUUACCUGAGCGAUGAAUGAGCGUGCGUGCCAAUGGCUUAGUAACUCUCGUAAUUAAGCGCCAAUUAAUCAGCAAGGAGAUUGAAAGGCCAGCAAAAACUCAGCUUUUCAAAUAACUGGAAGCCCAAAAGCCGGUAGUUAAUUGGCAAUGAUGAACCAGUAGGCUAUCUGCAUGAUCUUUUAACUAUAAAAACCACAAUCAGCUGGACCGAAGACAUCAGUUUCACUGCGGACAGCUAACAGUGGGAAUUUAACGUUGAGGUUAAUCAAACAAACAAUUCGUCAGAGAAUGCGUCUUUUUUUGGUACUUUGCUGCUCGUUGGCCGCCAUCGCCCAUGCCAAACCACAAGGAUACAAUUAUGGUACUGGCAUCUCAGGCGGCAGUGCUAACGUCGGCCGUUACCAAAGUAGUGGAAACUUCGCUGGUGGACUGAGCGGACUUGGGAGCGUAAGUGGUGCACCCAUUGGAGGUGGCAGCAGCAGCAGUUACGGAGGCUUUGGUAGCGCCAGCAACAGUGCACCAAGCUUUGGUAGCGCCAGCAACAGUGCACCAAGCUUUGGCCACUACCAAAGCGGUAGCAAUGGCAUCAGCGGUGGUGGUGGUUUUGGCAGCGGCAUAAGCGGAGGUUUCAGCGGUAUUGGUGGCAGCUCCUUCAAUGCUGGCUUUGGUGGACGACAACAAUCGGGCGGGUUUGAAGCUCCCCUUGUACACAAACAAUUCAUAACUGUUUCAGCGCCAGAGGAUCAUGAAUCGCUUGAGCAAAGCAAGCAUUUCGUUAUUGGACGCCCACAAAAGAAUUAUCGUGUUGUCUUUAUUAAGGCGCCAUCCUCAAGCUCAGCAAAUGUCAAAUUGUCUGCGGAAUAUGCGCCACAAGAAGAAAAGACUGUCAUUUAUGUGUUGUCCAAAAAGGACUCCACACUCGAGGUCAACGAUAUAGCCACACCCGCACCCACAGUGCCCGCCAAACCAGAGGUAUUCUUUAUCAAAUACAAGACCGAAGAAGAGGC